AGAUAUAUAGGCAGACCUGCGGGUAGCAGGAGAACUGUGAGAACCACAUAAUCGCACUUGCUUCACCCCAGGGUUGUUACCUGUUACCUGUGACACCCUCGCAAUGACAAGAGGGCCCAGCGAACGGGGGCCACGCAAAGGGAGGUCGGAUCACUCCUCCGCCGCCGCCUGGUGAACGUCUAACUGGCGUUGGAUGCUUGUCUUCUCGGAUUUCCCCCGGAGUCACCUGGGCUGCGACCGAGCGGAGACGGCGCGCGCCGCGGUUUCAUCAGCUUCCACAAAUCUUGCAUGAAAGUGAGAACGGGGCCGCAAUGAGUCGGAGAACGCGCCGCUGGAUUCUAAGAGUUUUAUUAUGUCUGGGAAUUGUUUAUUUGAAAAUUGGUGGCUUCUCGUCGGUGGUGGCCUUAGGUGCGAGCAUAAUCUGUAACAAGAUCCCCGGUUUGGCUCCCAGACAGCGGAUUAUCUGCCAGAGUCGCCCCGAUGCCAUUAUCGUCAUCGGAGAGGGAGCGCAAAUGGGCAUCAACGAGUGUCAGUUUCAGUUCAAAAGCGGGCGCUGGAACUGCUCUGCGCUUGGAGAGAGGACAGUCUUCGGAAAAGAGUUGAAAGUGGGCAGCAAAGAGGCUGCGUUCACCUACGCCAUCAUCGCCGCCGGCGUGGCGCACGCCAUCACCGCCGCCUGCACGCAGGGAAACCUGAGCGACUGCAGCUGCGACGCGGACAAGCAGGGCUUCUACAGCAAAGACCAGGGCUGGAAGUGGGGCGGCUGCUCUGCAGACGUCAGCUACGGCCUGGGCUUCUCCAAAGUCUUCAUCGACGCGCGGGAGGUCAAGCAGAACGCGAGGACCCUCAUGAACCUGCACAACAACGAGGUGGGACGCAAGGUUCUGGAGAAGAACAUGCGGCUGGAGUGCAAGUGCCACGGCGUCUCCGGCUCCUGCACCACCAAGACCUGCUGGACCACGCUCCCCAAGUUCCGCGAGCUGGGCUACAUCCUGAAGGAGAAGUACGGCCAGGCGCUGCAGGUGGAGGCGGUGAAGGCCAGCCGCAACAAGCGGCCCAAGUUCCUGAAGAUCAAGAAGCCGCACUCGUACAGGAAGCCCAUGGACACGGACCUGGUCUACAUCGACAAGUCGCCCAACUACUGCGAGGCCGACCCGGUGACCGGCAGCCUGGGCACGCAGGGCCGCGUGUGCAACAAGACCAUGAUGCAGCACAUCAGCGGCUGCGACCUGAUGUGCUGCGGCCGCGGAUACAACACGCACCAGUACUCGCGCGUGUGGCAGUGCAACUGCAAGUUCCUGUGGUGCUGCUACGUCAAGUGCAACACGUGCAGCGAGAGGACAGAGGUGUACACGUGCAAAUGAGGGUAUUUAUUAGACGCUGGAGCGAAAGAGUGAGCGAGCGGGCGGGCGGGCGAGCGAGAGAGAGAGAGCCAGCGAGCGCUUCACGGACAAACGACGACACGCAGAAACCUUUGCACACUGAGAUCUUCACCCAUUGGAGCGGUGACGGAUCAGGACGCGUUGUGUGGUUUGGACUCAUGCAAACUGAUGCUGAUGUUGUAACUGAGCACGGCAUGAAAUGACACAAACUUCUGGAAUAUUUAACACUGUAUUUAGAAAAUGGAAAUAAUUCCUAUUAAUUUAUUCUGUUAAACUACUGAUCUUGUAACAAAGCUGGAAGCUUGUAGCUCAUUCGAUGGACUCACUGGAUAUGAACCUGUCUGGACUGAUGGGCUGUGACCUGCUGACCUGCCCGUGAGUUUGUCUUCUGCGUUUGCUGCUAGUCUAGAGAACCGGACUCCGAGGCACAAGCUGAACUGUCUCACUUCAAGCUGAUUCAUUUGACAGGAUUUAAGAUUAAAGAAAACAGGCACAAUUUCCACUUUUGGUAAAUAUUGGUUAAUAGAGUAUAUUUUGUAAAAGCCUAUUUUUAUAUGAAUGUCUUAUUUAUGAUGUUGGCAUAUUCAUGACCCCUUUUAUUAAAUCCCUCGUGUGAAGCGGCCGCGGUGUAUAUUGUAAGUGACUUUGCUCAGUGUUUGCUGCGUUUCAUGACUACUACUGAUGGAAUACAGGAACAGAAUGACACUAACAA